AUGUCGACCCUCGACAACGCGACGUCCCGCUCGUCGUUGGAGAAGGCGACGAGUGCCGGGACGCACGACCCCGAGAAACAGUCUGCACCAGUGCACACGACCGUGGUCGAACUGGAAGCGCUCGACGACGGCGUACCACGGAACCGUGGUGUGUUUGCGAAGCUAUGGGCGAUCGUGCAGAAGUUGGACCGGUACGGUGUCGAGGCUCGGGGCAUCGAGCGGGUGCCACCUGCGGAGCGCCCACAGAAGAACCCAUGGGACUGCUUUACGAUGUGGUGCGCUGCGAAUACAACAAUCAGCACGUUCAGUCUGGGUACGCUCGGGGCGAGCAUAUUUGAGAUGGGCCUGAGGGACUCGGUCUUGACAAUCGUUUUCUUUAAUCUAUUGUCGACCGUCCCAGUGGCUUACUUCUCGUCAUUCGGUGCCCGUACGGGUCUGCGACAAAUGGUAUUUUCCCGAUUUGCCUUUGGGUACUGGGUGUGCAUGUUCCCGGGUAUCCUGAACGUGAUCGCCACAGUGGGGUGGUCUACGAUCAACAGUAUUGUGGGAGGACAGACCCUUCGCGCCGUCUCGACGCACAACCAGAUACCUGUCUGGGCGGGAAUAUUAAUCAUUGCGCUCCUCACCCUCUUCCCCUCGUUCGCGGGAUACAAGUUUGUACACACCUACGAGCGGUGGUCAUGGAUCGCGCCUGCGAUCAUUUUCUUCAUUAUGCUUGGAACCGGCUUGGGAUACAUGGAACAGGGUGCGUGGGGCGGCAGCGGCCCUGUAGAAGCCGCAAGCGUCUUGAGCUUCGGCGCAAGCAUCGUCGGUUUCGGGAUUGGCUGGGUCAGCUAUGCCGCCGACUACACUGUUAAUUUACCGGAAAACACUUCCGCGUGGAAGAUUUUCGUGGCUACCUACGCAGGGCUCAAUAUCCCGCUCAUCCUGGUCGAGUCUCUCGGCGCCGCCUACAUGACCACGCUCGCCAACAACUCCGCAUGGUCUGAUCUGUACACCGCGAACGGCGUAGGCGGGCUCAUCGCGGCGGGACUCACGCCGCUGAACGGCGUCGGCCGCUUCCUGACCGUCAUCAUGGGCCUGUCGAUCGUGGCAAAUAACAUCCCGAACAUAUACUCGCUCUCGCUGACGGUGCAGAUCUUCGGACCCGUCUUCCAGGCGAUCCCGCGGCUCUUCAUCACGCUCAUCGGUACGGCGGUGUACAUCGUCCUCGCCAUUGUGGGCGCGAGCCAUUUCGAGGAGUGGCUGGAUACCCUGCUGGUGCUGCUCAGCUACUGGCUGGUGAUAUACGCUACCAUUGUGACGGAAGAACAUCUCAUUUUCAGGGGCGGAAGGUGGGCAAGGUAUGAGUUGGACAUGUACAACAGGAAGAGUGUACACCCUGUCGGGUGGGCAGCGUUUGUGGCGCUUGGGUGUGGGGUCAUGGGUGCGGUGCUUGGUAUGGCUCAGACUUGGUAUGUGGGUGUGAUCGGGAGGAAGAUCGGGGAUCCUGCCUUCGGCGGGGACGUCGGCUUCGAGCUUGCCGCUGCUUUCACUGCGAUAGCAUAUCCACCACUCCGUUACUUUGAGAAAAAGUACUUCAGUCGAUAA